AUGCCCCGGAAGCCCCGUCCUUACCGGCCCAAAACCAGAGGCUGCUUUGAAUGCUCAAAGCGUCGCAUUAGUUGCGACCGCACAGAGCCGCAAUGUCAAAAAUGUUCCUCCAAGAGCUUGAAGUGCAGUGGUUUUGGAAUAAGGCAUCGUUUUAGUAACGGCAUUGCUGCUCGCGGCCUCUGGGUAGGCAAGACCAUACAAGAGGUCUAUGAGGAGCCACAGCGAAAGAAAAUUUUAUCGCCAGAUCCCCUUGAGAUGUCAUUCGAUCAAGUCAAAUCCAAGCAUCAUGGUACCUUUGAUUGCCAACAGCGGUCAUUCAUCAACUCCACCCAAGCUCCGAUUCCAAAUUGGGAAGGCAAACGGCACAUCCGGCCUAACUACAAAUCUCGAAGCUCAGGGCAAGAUGACAGUAUGGCGGGUGAAGGAGCCUCGGCUUCAUAUGACGCAUCUCAAGUCAGCGUGGCCGAAGACACUGGCAAGCCUCCGAGAAUGGCUACACCGGUGCGAAAAGAAACAAAUCCCGACUGCUCACUUAAAAUUCAACCGUCAGCAAGCAAUGUUUCUUCCAGAGAGUCUUUCUUAAUCUUGCACUUUUCUGACUGCAUAGCUGGGGAAAUGGUGGCAAUUGACGGUGACCACAAUGGGUGGCGCCGUCUUGUUCUCCCCAUCGCACAUAUUGAUCGGCUUGUAUUGAAUGCCGUUCUCUCUGUUGCUUCAUUUCAUUUGACUUCCCGACAAUAUUCGCGGAAGCAGCGCUUGUUGAGUGGUGACAAGUGUUCAUUAAUGACUGCUACAUUCACUUCCGACAGCAAGUCAUCCUGGUCUACUAACCUCCAAGCAAUCCAUCUAUACAAUUGUGUCAUAACGGAGUUGCAACGGCGAGAUCUCAGGGGUAGCGACAACUCAAAACGACUGUUUAUUUUGCUGGCUAUCUUAACCCUUCUUGUCGCCGUAAUGGUCACGGGUUCUGAUGAUUUUCCAGCCCUUUUCCGUUUACUCGAGUCCGCCCUACGAAUCAUUGGCGGGGAAGAAAGUCUAGGUAAAGACGAGCUUGCAACCUUUAUAAUGCGCCAAGUCCGGAAAAUGCGAGUUUACGCUGCGCCUCUGCUUAGCAAAGAAUCCGGAGUUACAACGCUGAGUUCCAAGACUCAAAUAACCAGAGCUUUAGACUGCGUUAGGCACUGUUCAAAAGAGCAUCCAGAGCAUUCUGUUGCAGUCUCGGCUGUCAUGGAUCUUAUUCAGCAAUCGUACGACAUCUACCUUUUUCAAGCAAGCCAUGAUAUCCAUCAGCCCUCCAUGAAGGCUUUUUCAACUGCAGACACAGAAUCUAUCUGCCGCGUUCAACGAUUCAAAGAAACUCUUGAGCUGUUUCCCAGUGGGUCUCCUGGUAAACAGGUGCUUAUAUGGGCAACAUUCGUUGCAGCUUCCGAUUGUAUACUCGAGGAGCAUAAGACAUUCUUCACAAAUACCUUUGUAAACUUCUACAAACGAAGUGGUUUCGAGAAUAUCCUUAGGGGUUUGGAACACUUGAAGAUGGCAUGGGCUAGAAGAGCGUCGGGAGAUAGCUGGAUCUCACUUUUGCCCGAAGCCAAGGUACUGGUAAUGUAA